UCAGACUGAAACUUGAUCAGCUCCGACAACCUACUUCCAAAAUGAAAUUCUUAGUGAUUCUCGCCGUCGCCGUUGCUUGUGCCGCCGCUGAUGUUUCCCACAUUGUCGGGCCUGAUGCGAUUCUGAAGUCCAGCUUCGAAAGCCACCCUGAAGGUCACUUUUCAUACGAUUUCGAAACCAGCAAUGGCAUUAUCACCCACUCUGACGGCGUAGUAAAGAACCCCAACACCGAAAACGCUGCUCUUGAAAUCAAGGGAUUCGUCAAAUACACCUCUCCUGACGGCACCCCCGUGAAUCUUGAGUACGUCUCCAACGAAUUUGGAUACCAAGCCGUCGGCAGCCACGUUCCCGUCGCUCCCCCAGUCCCGGAAUAUAUCCUCCGCAGUAUCCAAUACAUUGCUGAACACCCUGCUCCCGAGCGCGUCAUCAAGAAGCCUUAAUCUAUUAAAUAAACUCCGACCCUAGUACAAAAACUACCUGUUUAUAUUAUGCUAGACAACGAGCUACUAUCCAUCGUUUC